GUCGGUUAUAGAUGAAAGAUGAAAGCACGCGCGUAAAAAAUGAAAUCAAACUAAUUUUAUAAUAAUGAUGUUACGGAGAGUCAGCAGCUCGAGCAGCGGGAAGAGCAGCAGUAAACCCCGGAGGAGCAGCUCUGUGGGCUUCGAUGAGUUCGGCUUUGCUUUCAGUAAGAAAAGAGACAAGAAACUCCAGCAAAGAUGCCAUGACUACAGUUAUCCUCAGCCUAAUCCAGUUAAAGUGAAGGAGCUGUGUGAGUUUCUCAGUUACUGGAAUGGAUCCAGUUUCAUUUGCAGGAGUCAGAUCGAGAGGUUUAUUCGAAUUGGUAUUCCUCCAGCAAUACGUGGACGAGUUUGGAGAUGCCUGCUAAACAUUGACAGUCUCCGGGCUGGCAGUUGUUUUAAUUAUGAGGAUUGUCAGGCUGAAAUUCGCAGGCCUCUGGUUGAUCUUGGAGUGAGUGAAUACAGUAUUAUCUCUUCUAUCGACUCUUUAGUGGACACAGAGAAUGAGAUCAGCAGCGGACAAGCAUCGUCUCUCCAAGUCGCUGACCUGACGCUCUUCAAACAGAUCGCCCUUGAUCUGCAAAGGUCUUUUCCAACACAUCGGACUCUGAUGGGAGACCGCCCAGAAGCCAUCGAGGGCCAGGCCAAGCUUUUCAGAGUUCUUUCUGCCUUUGCCAGAUAUAAUCCUCUGAUUGGAUACGUACAAGGGAUGUCCUAUAUAGCUGCUGUGCUCCUGAUGAUCUUGUCUGAAGAAGAGGCUUUCUGGGCUUUGGUCGCUCUGUUAGAGAAGCCCAAAUAUCUAUCAGAGCUCUUUGAUUCAUCCAUGAAAAAGAUUCAGCAUCAAGCGUUGGUUUUUCACCAGCUUCUGAAGCACAGAAAACCUCUGCUCUUCCAGCACUUGGAGGCUCUCGGGGUGUCUUGUGUGCAUUUCAUCAUGCAGUGGUUUCUCACUCUCUUCACCUCUCUGCCGUGCUGGGACUCAGUGUUGGCCAUCUGGGAUCUUAUAAUGCUGCACGGAUUGCAGGCUGUCUUUCGCACUGGCCUCACCAUCAUUCUGCUUCUGGAGUCUCGUAUUAUGAAUAUGACUGAGGAGGCCACAGUUUUGCCUCUUCUGCUGCGAGUGCCUAUAGACAUCUGUCACCAUCCUGUGCUGAUCCCGGCACUCUGGAGCACAGACCUUCAGGAUUGGGAAAUUAAUUGCAUGAACAGCCUGGUGUUGGAGGAAUCGGACGGCACACAGGACGAAGAGAAACUGAAUAAAGAAAACGCAAAAAUCAGUACAGCUUCUCUCAGUGGUGGACAGCUGCACGGUGAAAAACCUUCGCAAGAAACUCCCAAAAAAGAGGCUUCAGCCUCCAGUUCUAAAAGUGUUUUCACACGGCUGCUGAAAGUGGCUCAACAUUUCAUUCUAAAAUCUGGCAAGUACAGCAGCACUGCCAAAUCCUCUCCCACCAAGAGGAGUCCUGCCCCAGGCCGGCUCGCCAAAACCAGAACCUCCUCCCACUUCACCCAGACACAGGUUCGGGGCAGGAGAAGCAGUAGCAGGCGUUCCCAGAAUUCCUCCCUGGGUGGCGUCAGGAAGGAGAAACUCCCAUCUCAAGAUUCAGAUGGAGGCGCAGCUGAAGACAGCACUGACUCUUCAGCCUGGCGUGUGAGGUCAGGGCCUGUUGGUAAAGUGGCCCGAAGAAGGAGCAGAGAUCAAUCCAGAAGAGGAAGUUCCCUCCAUUUGAGGAGUCGGCGCUCUAGAUCUCAGCAAACACCAACUAAAACGGCUGUGCAACCCGAGAGCAACAAGACUGAUGAUUGUCAAGAGACCCCAAGCAGGCCAGCUACUAGACCACGUCCAUCUCUGAAAGAGAGGAACUUCAUCACAUGUCCAACGACUGCAAGUCAAGUCCGAGAGUCACAGCUCAUCUGAGGCCACACAGGACUCAUAGCGGAACAAGGUGUGCUCACUUCAUAAAACAUCUGACGAUUAAAACCCUGCCUAAUGACUCUCCUAAUCUCUCUGACGACAUGUUGAUAAUAUGCACUACAAAUGAAUGCUCACAUAUGAAUGUUUUAUUCGGAAUAUCCCAUUAAUAAUUAUGGGGAUUUUCGCAUUUUAAUGUAGCUUUUUAUAAUCGUUUAAUAAAAUUUUUCAUAAUAAACAUUA